AUGGAAUCCACCGUUACGAAGUCUCACUCUACCCAUCUGGAGACUGUCCAGACACGAGAAUCCGCAUCUCAGCAGCAAACGAACGAACAAAGCCAAACAGCAUGGCAGUGCUUGGCACAGAACCCCUGGGUCUUCCUCUUCUGUCUAUAUGGAAACUUGGGAGCAUUGAUGUAUGGGUUUGACAACCUGGUGUUGUCACUGGCCCUUUCCAUGCCCGGGUUUGGGUAUGUGCUGCCGUUGAGAGUAUUCAACGUUGAAUUUAAGCUGACUAGAGAAAAAAGGGCACAAUUUGGACAAUUGGUCAACGGCUCCUACGUAAUCCCAGCAUACUGGCAAUCCCUCUGGAAUGCCCUUGCCCAGAUUGCCACGAUGAUAGGAGCAACCACCGCUGGACCAGUGCAGGACUACCUGGGUCGGAGGACAUCGUUCCUAUUGGGUGCGAUUGUCUCGGCAGCUGGUAUAGCCGUGGUGUACACGGCAUCUACUCCAGGAACUUUCCUUGCUGGCAAGAUUGUGAAUGGUCUGUCAUUGGGUAUCUGCUUGACAACUGGGCAGACCUAUAUCUCCGAGGUGACACCGCUGCCUCUGCGCGGUAUUGCUUUGUCCUUUUUUACACUUUGCAUGAACCUUGGCUAUAUGAUCGCUGCCUCCGUGGCACUGCCUCGCAUGUUGAUGACUUCAGAGAAUGCCUAUAAGGUCCUUUUUGCUGCAGCAUGGGUCUGGCCUGGCGUCAUCAUCCUGUUCCUCCCGCUUCUUCCCGAGUCUCCAUAUUUCCUCGUUAUGAAAGACCGCCUCGAGGAAGCACGCAAAUCAUUGGUACGACUAGGCAACAAAUCCUCAAAAGUGACUGAGCUGUUGGAUCAAAUAGUUCAUGUCAAUGAAGAGGAAAAGGCCCGAAGUGCUGCGUCGAAAGAAGCCAGUUUCUUGGAAUGUUUCCGCGGAAUCAACUGGCGCCGUACCCGGAUCAUCCUGUUCUGUAACGCUCUGCAGCAGGUCAUCGGAUCCAGCUUCAUGUCGAAUGGACCAUACUUCCUGGUACAGGCUGGUAUGUCUUCGAGUAAGACUGGCAUGAUGACUGAGAUUGGCAUCGGAUUUGGUAUCUCCAGUUCGAUUUUCACUGCCUAUCUGAUGACGAAGUGCGGACGCCGACGAUUGAUUAUGUUUGGCAUCUCGCUUUCUACCUCCUUCUUCACUGUGAUGGGUAUUGCCGGGUGCUUCCCCAGCUCUAGCACUGCUUUGUGGGUCGUCGGCAUUUUCCUUCAACUCUCUUGGUGGGUCUAUGGACCAGCGAUCGGUCCGGCGAUGGCCAUUGCCGGCGAAGUAUCGGCUGUACGCCUCCGAGCCAAGUCAAUGGCAGUCGGAUUCACUUUCAACUACUUCUUCUCUACCGUUUGGAAUGUGGUAAUUCCAUAUUUGUAUAACACGGAUGAGGCGAACCUGGGCGGCAAGAUUGGAUGGAUUUUUGCGGCCCAGGGGGGAAUUGCGCUGGUCGUGAUCUACUUCGAAAUCCCUGAGACAAAAGGUCGGUCCUUUGAGGAGUUGGAUGAGAUGUUCAACGAAAAAGUGGACACGCGCAAUUUUCGCAAGUACCAGUGUGCUGUUCCUCAGCUGUUGCAGAAGAUCAGAGAGAAUCAGUGA